AUGCCUUCUUCCACCCUCUACACCCUCGACUAUGAAAACAAACAAGAAGUUUCCGGUGGAUUGUUGCUUGGCCCUAAAAUUUAUGAGGCUGGAUCAUUCCGAAAACAAACACAUCAUGAUCCACCAAAUAUGUUCGAGGAUCAUUCAAAUUCAAAUAUUCAACCUUGCAAAAAGAUUGUGAUAGAGAACAUUAAAAUUGUAAAAGUCAUUUCGGGCAGAAUACAUACUCACAUCAUCACGGACCUCGGAAGAGUAUAUUCUUGUGGGCUAAAUUCCUCAGGUUGUUUAGGAUGUGGAUUUGAUGGUGAUAUUGAAUUAGAUGACAACGUUGGCAUCACAGCACAUAAAAAACGUGGACUUGUCGCUACAGUUGGUCCAAUGACAAAUCAUGUUGUGAUAGAUGGUAGUUGUGGAGGCUAUCAUUCAAUAUUUGUAACACAAGACAACAUUGUUUAUGUGUGUGGAAAAAAUAGUUCACAUCAAUGUGGAUUUUCUGAUCUGGACAGCAUUCCCACACCAAAAGCUUUGAGUGGUAGUUAUUUCAACAAUUCAAAAAUUCUUUCAGUUGCUGGUGGCAAUUCUAACUCAAUAUUCGUUACAGAAAAUGGUGUGUAUGCCUGUGGAAGUGAUAGUAAUGGCAGUUGUGCUGGCUAUCGAUCUCAUUAUCCAGUUCUUAUUACAAGUUUUCCUGUGAACGAAAUACCUCUAAUUGCCAAAUGUGGAUAUGACAACACUUCAGUAUUGUGUGCCAGUGGGGCUGUUUAUGGAUGGGGUUGUAAUAGUUCAGGGCAGAUGCCUGAAGCGCCUUUACAAGGCGGUCAUGAAAAUAGUCCCAAAGUACGAAGAGUAUUCUGUGAAGAUCCUGUUCAAGAAAUAACGUGUGGAUAUUUCUGUGCAGCAGUGAAAACAAAAUCUACGUGGCUUCUUACGCCUGGUGCACAUGGUGUUGAUAUAGCGCCGAUUGAAAGUAUUUUCGACCACAAGGACUCCAUUAUUGCAAUGUGUGCAGGUGACUACGUUGUAUUUGUUACGAAUCAGCCAAACACAAACUCUUCAAUAGGAAGAGUCUUCAUGCGACAUCGUUACUCUGCAAAACAAGUGGAUGAAUAUACUGGCGAAUUUGAACUGCCUCACCCCAAUGCAAAAGUGGAAAUUAGUGCUUUACGAAAUGGCUUUAUCAUAUACUUUCCGGAUACCAAAUCAAUUGACAAGGCAUUCCUAUUCAUGAAGAAUUUACUCACACCACAUGAAAAUCAAAAUUACAUUUCAGACGUGACAAUUAUAACGAACUAG